CGGCAUCGCACUCGGUCACUCUCCUCCUCCUCCUUUUUGAGAAAUCCAAUGAAACAACGUCGUCCUUCGGGUCGUGUAUAUAAGCACUUCGCUGUCCUCUCGCCCCUUGUCAUUCGUCGUUCUCCGCCACCGCACACAAGGAUACAGCUCGAACGAAGCUUCUAGAGGGAGAGAGAGAGAGAGAGAGAGAGAGGGAGAUGGAGGGGGAGGAGAUGGCGAAGAAGAAGGCGUGGUCGCUGAAGAAGGCGAUGGCGGUGGCGAUGAGCGGGGAGCGGCGGCGGCGGGGGCGGCGGCCGUGGAAGCUGCCCGGGAUCAAGAAGAGCCUGAGCCUCGGGUUCCAGGUGGCGGUCAUCGACGGGGUCGUCUUCAGGAUCGUGUCCGCCGUCGAGGCCGUCGUCCUCGUCUCCACGCUCUGCUUCUUCUACCUCUGCUGCGGCUGCCACUUCUGAUCUCUCCCUCGUUAUUUUUUCACAUCACAUCCUUCUUCACUAAUUCCUGCUUUUAGCCCAUUCGAAGUCUUGACCGGGUUUUGGGUUCCUUCGUCUUACGGAGUUAGAUUUAGGAAAGCAAUUCAACUCUUCUUUCUUUUUUCCCUUCUUUUGAUUUUUGAUCUGAUUAAAUUCUUGGGCAACUGCAAUUUGGUACCCAUUCUUUGUUCAAAGGUUUCAUUUUGUAAUCAA